CGUACCACCCCCACGGAAUCCCCUAGUAAAAGGCGAGGGGAUUGUUGGUUUGUGGGUGAUACUGCCGCUAUUAUGACUGUGGAAGAGAUCCGGCCUGACGCUAGCGAUUCUGAUUGCGUUACACUCGCGCGCAGGCCGUACCACUGCGGAGCCAACUUGCAAUCUGCGCUCGCUUCUUUCCAAACCACGACCACGAUGACUUUAUCAGACCAGGAUCGGGAAGCAAUAAUCAAGGCAGCAUUCGAAGCGAAGGAGUUUUCUUAUAGUCCAUACUCGAAGUUUCGCGUCGGUGCUGCUUUCCUUACUGCUGAUGGAUCUAUAGUCAAGGGAGCUAAUAUUGAGAAUGCUUCAUACGGUGGAACCAUAUGUGCAGAGCGGACUGCUAUCGUGAAAGCUGUGAGCGAAGGCAUAAAGUCGUUUGCGGCUCUUGCUGUCGUUACCGAUGUCCCAUCUACGAUAUCACCCUGUGGAAUGUGCCGUCAAGUGAUACGCGAAUUUUGCGGUCUAGAUAUGCCUAUAUUACUAGUCCCGAGCAACUAUCCAAACAACGAGAAGGAAGGAAAGGAGGGGUAUUCCAAGGGCGGGGUUCGGCUCACUUCUGUUGAUGAGUUACUUCCAGAUAGCUUUGGUCCGGAACAGCUCGAGCUUCCGAGAAUUCCCUAACGAUAUCCGAGUUGGUAGUAAGUAAACUGCUGCGAUUCAAGGCUAAAUUGAUAAAGAUGUAUCGAAUAUUGU